ACAAAUACAACCUGCCGGAACGCGCGCCAGGCUCGCCGGCGCCGCAGCCGUCGCCUCUCCGCGCCGACUCUCGGAAGAAAGAAGGCGCCGUGGAUUCUCCUCCUUCGGCCUUUCCCUCCCCAGCGACGGCGCGGACGAGCAUCCUCCUAGUCGCUUCGGCGCACCACCGCCAGCUGUGCAGGUUAAUUAAUCGUCGAUCCCCCUAAGGAGGUUGCUGUAGGUGCAAUCAAGUAGCAUGAAGUUCAGAGUUGUUUGCAGGAAGUUGUACGAUUACGUGAGGUAUGAUCUUAAAGAGAUCGCCUUCCCAUCUUCUCUGCCAGACCCUCCGGGCACCAAGAGGCGUCCUAAGCUCACACUGAAAGAGAAAUGGUGUAUCCUCAAGGAGGCAACCAGGCUCUAUGGGGCUUCCUGGGUCAGGGACAUCGGUCCCGAGCUCAGGCCAAAUGAUUACAAGAAGGUCAAAGAGGAAUCUGAGCCUAACAGCACCAAGGACGGGAAAACUAAAAGUGAGCCUAGUUUGCUUGAGGAUCUUGCAGUGGCAGCAAAGGGCGGGGCGGAGACCCUGAAGCCUGCGCUGCGGCGCAUAUACAUGACACGCGCCUCUACCUACACAAGUGCAGUGAAGAACUAUGUGGAGACCUACCAGGAAGGGCUGAAGGAUGUCUUGGACGAGAAGGUUGCUGGAAAGGAUCACCAGCAAGGCAAUGAGCCAAGGGGACCAUCGACACCACCUCCACCACCGCCACCGCCAUCAUCGUCAUGACCUUGUAUCGACGCCACCUCCACCACCGCCACCGCCACCGCCAUCAUCGUCAUGAGCUUGUGUCAUUUUGGGGGAAAUAUUAUCAUUAGAACUUGCAGCUUCUUGUUUAUAUAUUCUCUUAUCAGAAGUUGGGUAGAACAGCUAACGAUGUGCUGCUCAUUUCCUAAAAAAAGAUCUUCAUGAGUAGGUCUUGGACCUUGUCCAUCUGCUGAUCUGGGUUAUGUGACCUACACUGCUAUGAAGAUCGUUCUUCA